AUGCCUUCUGCCCCGAACCAAGACACCCCGAUCCCACCAGACCACCGCACAACUGCUGGCCUCCUGGCAGAAUAUUAUAUCCUGACUGUAAUUGCACUAAUACCCGUUCUCCUACGAGUAUGGGUACGCCUCCUUCUAAUCAGAAACUGGGGCUGGGACGACACAUGCAUCGUAACCGCCUGGAUCGCCCUCCUAGCCGGCCUCAUAACAAUCCAACUCGAAGCCAACCCCAGCCUCGGCCGGCAUGCCAUCUACCUCCCGAGCCCAGAAUACACAGUGCUCCAAAUCCUGAAGGUCAACACAGUAUACCAAAUGAUCAACGUGAUCUGCGCCCUGGUAACCAAAUACUCAAUCAGCGUCUACAUCCUCCGAAUCCGUAACAGUCGUUCUGUCCGCUGGAUACUAGCCUGGCUCAUGUUAUUCAUGACACUAGCUAUUAUUGGCGCGGUCGUCAUCCUCUCUGUAUCCUGCAUCCCGCUGAAGAGAUUGUGGAACAAGGAUGUCCCUGCAUACGUACACUCGGGAUUCAUGAUCAUCAUUGACCUCUGCUUGACCUCGGCACCGGUUAUUAUCUUCUGGGCCGUGAGGAGUAAACGCCGUGGCAAGACUCUAGUCUGUGGGCGUAUGAGUCUGUGUCUUGCUGGUACUAUUUCGCAUGCUUUGAGGAAUUGUUAUCAGGGUGGGUUGACGGCGCUGGAUAUGCCUUACGCCAUAACAAACGUAGCCAUCGUCUCAAUUCUCGAAGUUGGAACCGGUGUUAUUGCCGCAUGUAUCCCAGCCUGUGUUCCGGCUUUUCGGUGUAGACAGGAAGCCGAGCCAGUGACGAAUAAUUAUCGCGACAAGAAGAUUUCUGUGAUUAGGGGGGAUUAUUGGGGUGAAGGUUCUGGUAAUUGGUCAUUGGCGAAUACCACAUCUUAUACUGUGGCAUUGGGUGGGGUUAAGUCGCCAGCUAGGGUUGUUACGAAGGUGACGGCUUGUUAG